CCUCCCGGCCACUCCCCGGGGCGAGCGGGCGGCGGCGGCGGCGGCGGAGGCGACCAGGGCGGCUCCCAGACGCGCUGCUCCCGGCCCGGCCACCGGGGUCCCCGCGCGCCCCCAUGUCCUCCGCGCCGCUGCGCUCUCCCGCCCUGCGGCCCCACAGGAUGAAGAAGGACGAAUCGUUCCUCGGCAAGCUGGGCGGCACGCUGGCGAGGAAGAAGAAGGCCAAGGAGGUGAGUGACCUCCAGGAAGAAGGGAAGAAUGCCAUCAACUCGCCCAUGUGCCCCGCCCCAGUGGAGGUCCACCCCGAAGACUCCCUGCUCGAGGAGAAUGAGGAACGCACGGUAAUCGACCCCACCUCCAGGGACGACCCCAGAUUCAAGGAGCUGGUGAAGGUCCUCAUCGACUGGAUCAACGACGUGCUGGUGGAGGAGAGGAUCAUCGUGAAGCAGCUGGACGAGGACCUGUACGAUGGGCAGGUGCUGCAGAAGCUGCUGGAAAAGCUGGCAGACUGCAAGCUGAACGUGGCCGAGGUGACCCAGUCGGAAAUCGGACAGAAGCAGAAACUGCAGACGGUGCUAGAGGCGGUGCAGGAGCUUCUGCGGCCCCACAGCCGGCCGCUCCAGUGGACUGUGGACUCGAUCCACGGGAAGAAUCUAGUGGCUAUCCUGCACCUCCUCGUGGCCCUGGCCAUGCACUUCCGGGCCCCGAUUCACCUCCCAGAACACGUCUCCGUGCAAGUGGUGGUCGUGCGGAAACGGGAAGGCCUGCUGCACUCCAGCCACGUCACCGAGGAGCUGACGACGACCACCGAGAUGAUGAUGGGGCGCUUUGAGCGGGACGCCUUCGACACGCUCUUCGACCACGCCCCUGACAAGCUCAGUGUUGUGAAGAAGUCUCUCAUCACGUUUGUGAACAAGCACCUCAACAAGCUGAAUCUGGAGGUGACGGAACUGGAGACCCAGUUUGCAGACGGCGUGUACCUGGUGCUGCUCAUGGGGCUCCUGGAAGAUUACUUUGUACCCCUGCACAACUUCUACCUGACCCCCGACAGCUUCGAUCAGAAGGUCCACAACGUGUCGUUUGCCUUUGAGCUGAUGCUGGACGGAGGCCUUAAGAAGCCCAAGGCUCGCCCCGAAGAUGUGGUAAACCUGGACCUCAAAUCCACCCUGCGGGUUCUUUACAACCUGUUCACCAAGUACAAGCACCUGGAGUGACAGCGAGGAGCCACAGUGACCUCAGCGGGGACCGUGCUUCGGGAGGUGCCCUGGCCUCCCCUCCCAGCCUGUGGUUGCUCCCCACCCCACCCCACUUUUUUUUCCUGAUAGAUUCUCUUCACCUCCUUUCCUUGUAAUUCCACAGCGGGUGGCAUCCUUAGAAAUGCAGGUUCCCAACACCAGUGCUUUGGCCAGUUUGCAGCCUCGCCUCACCUGGGGUGCCACAGGGGGCCAAGUCAAUUGUUGAUCAAAAGAUGGAAAAGAAAAAAAAAACCAAAACCCCGACGGUCAGCCCCUGGGAGGCGGGGGCGGGGUGCCUGGCCUUCCAGCUGACAGCCCUCAGUGAUCACAAGUCAUCAGAAACACACUGCAGCCUUGCAGCAGGGCGAUGGCUUGACUCCCCUGGUGGCAUCUCCUGGGCAGGACUCUCCUGGGCAGCCAGGCCUUUUUACAAAAAAGCAUUUUUCAGUUUGAAAAAAAAGUCCCUCCGAGCUCUUGGAAGCCUCAGCUGUGACCGGAGUGUCCACUCGCAUCCUCACUCCUUGUCUGCUCCGUGUGGCUUGCAUUUCGCUUUUGCGCAGACAUCUGGGACCCAGUGGACCCAGCGGCCACGGUCCGUGGGAGGAAGGGUUUCUGAGGCGUUUCUUCAUCUCUUGCUUCGGCUGAGUGGGCUGUGUUGGAGCUGGCUCUAAAAGGCAGCUGGAGACAGCUCCACUGGGAAGUCUCCAAUCCCAGAGGCCCUGUUUGAGGAUGGAUGCCUUUCCAAAAACCUUUGGAAAGCAGGGUGUUUCAGUUUUCAGGGGCUGCUGUAACAGAGUGCCACGGGUUGGGGGGUGAGUUAGAGCAUGGACGUUUAUUGUCUCAGUUCUAGAGGCUGGAAGUCGAGACAGUGGUAUCAGCGGAGCUGGUGCCUUCGGAGCCUCCUGGGCUUGUAGACGGACACCGUCUUCCCUCGCUUCCUACGCUUCUCCCUCGUCUGUGACUCUGUGUCUCAUCUCUUAUAAGGACACCAGGCAGAACGGAUUGGGGUGGACCCUAAUGACCUCACAGUACCUUAAUUACCUCUGUGAAGACCCCUGUCCCCAAAUACCGUCACCUGCUGAGGUCCUGGGGGUUAGGACUUCAAUAUGUGGGGUCGGGGGUGGGGCACAGCUCAGCCUGUAAGAGGGAAGGCGAAGUGUUCACCUCUGUCCUCCGCGACUCCCAGCUUUCUGCAGCCUGUGGCAUCCUUGGGGCACCCUGUCGAAGGAAAUGCGAUCCCUCAUUUGUAUGCCCUUCACUCCUCGCCCGCCUCAUCUCGGGAGAGAAAGGGGUACCCCUAGGCUGGGUAUCAGGUGGGUCUUCCACUGGGUCACCCCCACCCCCACCUCCCUGUGGAGCCGGGAUUUUCAUGACACCUGGACCCCCGAGUUUGCUCAGCACCCCGGCAACAUGGGCCUUUCUCUUCUGUGAUAUUCGCCUUCCUGCUGUAGGUCAGAGCUGUUGAGCAUGUCAUUAAUAUUACAUCGCGUACCAGUGCUCAGGACUUAAAGAACAGCUGUCUGUUCUGCCUGGGCUCUGGCGGCUGCCAGCCUGGGGCUGGGUUCAGAAUAGCCAAUUUGAUGGAGGAGGUUACCCAGCAGGGGAAAGAAAUAAUUAAAACGGCAUUACAGCGUCUCCUGCGGGAGGCAGUGACAUUAAAGAUCCACGUUGACAAAAUUGCCGAGGCUGGAACAUUCUGUGCUGCCUUCAUUACACGCGUGGAACCACGGUGCCAGGGAGGCGAGGCCCCUCCACCUGCUGUGGGCACUCGUGGGCCUGGCGGGGCGAUGCCAGUUCCUGCGGGCCUGCGGGGGUGGGGCUGGGGGUGAAGGAGAGGAGGCCUGGGUUUGGAAAGAAGCCUGGGGUCUUCAGCCCAGGUGGGCAGCUCCCCCGGCCUGUUCCACAUCCUGAAAGUGUGGGUGAGGGGCGUUGGUUCUUCUAGGGAGGGAGGUGGUGGUGGGGUUCAGCUCCCAGGGCAGUGAGCCCACUUCAAGCCCACUUGUGUUUCAAGCAGGAGAGUAACAGGAAUGAUAAAUAUAUGGGAAAACUCUAGACAGGCACUUUUAUCUCAUAAUGCUGACUCUUUAAAGCCCUGCUCCAGCAAAGCAUGUCAUCUGGUCUCCAAAUUACUUUUUCUCAAACUGGCACCAAGGCGUGGGUGUGCCUUCUGCCCACCUGUGCAGGACCCCUCGAGCCGUCCGCGUCACUUUCCUCCCUUUGCUGUCUGGACGGAACCAGAAUUGAAAGCCCAUGUGGGGUGAGGGCUGGGAAGCAGUUUUGAGGCCGAAGCCAGGGUGACCUCUGCAGUGGCUAGAUUCCUCCUCUUGGGAUCCGCCCGCCGUCCCUGGUGGCUUGGGGACAACAGCUGUCAGGACACGAGUGUCAGGGCCCGGGACCUCCCCGCUGCGGAGGCCCACACGCUGCAGCAUCUUCUGGGGUAACUGUGGCAACAGAAACAACUUUCUUCUGACACUUGCUGGGGGUUCCUUGGAAUGCAAAAGCUUCCCUCUUAGUCCUUAACUGAGGAAAGUUCUAGAACCCGUCCUCCUCCACUGAUUCCCAUUUGUAGUGAAUGACCUCCCCACCUUCGCCCCGAAGAGGGACCUUCAUCCACAGGAACUAAGUGAAAACAAGGCCAUCGGUAGCCAUGCAGUGAUGGAUAAAGGUCAUGACAUGCCUCCUCUUACUGUUCUCCGGGUGGCCUGUCUUUUGAACGCCCUCCCCUCCCCUGGUUUUGGGGCGCCUGCUUGCAGCUCUGGUUCCCCCUCGAACACGGCAUCACGAAGUGCUGAGCCCAGAGCCCCACGUGCCCUGAGGUCCUAACUGGAUGUGACUCCAGAGCUGUGUUGUUUUAAAGCAGCCAAAUUCUCUCGCCCGAUUUGUGUGCCAGUGUCUUCGUGUCCUUGAUUUGUUUUAAGCAGUGUUUACUUUGGAUUUCUGGGUAUUAAAUAAAAACCACUGAGACCCUG